CAUGCAAGCUUAUUUGAAGUUUCACCUCUCAAUAUCUGAAACUAUAAACAAGCAUGGCUUUCUACAUUUCUAGAACGUUGUUCCUUCAUUUCUUGAUCCUCUGUUCCAUUCUAACAUGUCUCACUUCUGGAUUCCCUUUCAAGGAAUCCGUUCUUCCUUCUUCAAAAGGAGAAGGAGAGUUUGGAAUAUUCCAACAAUGGAUGAAGGAGCAUGGAAAAAUCUACCCAAACUCUGAAGAGAGUGAAAAUAGAUACCAGACAUUUCGAAACAAUCUGAAGUAUAUCACAGAGACAAAUGCUAAGAGACCUGGGUAUCGUUUGGGACUCAACAAGUUUGCUGAUAUGAGUCGUGAGGAGUUUAAGACAGUGUACUUAUGUCAGCUGCCGACGCCGACCACCACUGCUGCCACCACCGCGAGGUCGGACUAUGUGAAGCAGGACUCUUGUGCACCACCUGCUUCGGUGGAUUGGAGACAAAAAGGAGUUGUGACUCGAGUGAAAGACCAAAAGAGAUGUGGAAGUUGCUGGGCAUUUGGAACCGUUGGAGCCAUUGAAUCAAUACAUGCAAUAAGCACAGGGAAACUUAUUUCUCUUUCCGAACAAGAACUCGUAGAUUGUGACUCCACAAGCCUCGGCUGUUCAGGUGGAUUUACCAAAACUGCCUUUGACUGGGUUAUCAAAAUUGGUGGGAUUAGUGAAGAAGCCAAUUAUCCUUAUAGAGCUCGAAAUGGUGUUUGCAAAUCCAACGUGCAAAAUGAAACCAGAGUCGUGAAAAUUAACAGAUAUGAAAAAGUAACCAAGUCAGACGAUGCUCUAUUAUGUGCCACUGCUAAGCAGCCCAUUACCGUCUCUUUAGAUGCAACAUAUCUUCAAUUGUAUCAUGAUGGAAUUUUUGAUGGAGGGGACUGCAAGAGGAAUUCAAGUUACACAAAUCACGCAGUUUUGAUUGUUGGAUAUGGUUCAAAAGAUGGGAAAGAUUAUUGGAUUGUGAAGAAUUCAUGGGGAGAAAAUUGGGGAAGGAACGGAUACUUCUUCAUGGAGAGGAAUAAAAACUCACCAAGUGGGCUUUGCUCUAUCAAUACUAAAGCUUACUUGCCAUCCAUUUAAACUAGAGCACUAGCUAUUAAGUCCAUGUUGUUAUGAACUCAAGUUCCAUUAUAAAUUAUAAAUAAAAAAAAGUCAUGAAUUAUCAACUAUACAAAAAAUCGUUGUACGUGGACUCCACUGACUCCACCAAGUUAGUGUUCGAGUGAACAAAUUAGUGGGAUUAAAGUUUUCUCUCGACCACAUAUCGUGUAUUGCAAGUAUAUGCUCGUUGGCUUAAAUAACACAAUUAAUUGAAUUA